GCCUGUAAGAAGCUACUCCAGGAAAAAGGAGCGGGACCCCCUGAGCUCUGAACCCUAUCACUAACCUAACUUAAUCGAUCCUCUCCUGGUGCCUCCAAAAAAUGCCUUCGUCGUCUCGGUUCUAUACUACUUGCCUGGUCGUUUGCGGAGGAUGGCUAGUUUUGCACGUCCUCUUUUCGGUACCGUCGCAUCACCGAGGACUCAACGCUUCUCUUCGUGGAGGACUUACUUGUAAAUUCUUAAGUACCACCUCCUCCACGAAGAGAAAAAGUGGAAAGCAGACGUCAGCUCCUACAACCAUUAUUAAGGCUACUUACUCGAAGUCGAGGACAACUAAGCGUAGCACGAUUCUAUAGUUCUUGAAAAAGAGAAGAAGGAAAGAAGGGCCACCUGCUAAUUAAAAUUUCUUCAAUACCCCACGAAUGGGCACAUUACUACUACUACUAUCUUCUCGAGAUGGAUCACUCCAAUUCUGGUAUCUAUUGGUAAGCUCUAAAGAACCGAUGAAUAGCGAGGAAACAAGAACAUCUUCUACUUCUGCUUCUACUUCAAGAACAAGGAGCUCUUCUACUACUUCUACAGCUACAAAAAGUAGACCUGCUCCUAAAGUUGGGCUGGCCAUUGCGGUGCAUCGACCCAAGUUUCGCUUCCUAUCUAGAUUCCUGAGGGAAUAUGCCAGGUGUUCACCUGCUUGGCAUGCUUUUUCCCUUCACGUGGUUUUUAGCGACAAUUACGGCUCAUCUCUCGGAUUGCCCUUCCUUGUGAAUAGCCGAUCUUUGUAAAGAGAAGUGACGAUCUUCUACUAGGUACUACGCAAGUAUGUAGGUCAGAUCUGGAUAGCUGAAACAUAUCAAACUCAAUAGCUGAAGGCUAUUAAUAUAGUUUUUCCCUCAGAGCAGAAGUAGGUGUCGUCCCAAUUUUGACCUUCUUUUGAUGGAUUGUUGCCGCGCUUUCUGUUGUUAAUGGAAAAAUGGCGAGAGUUGCCCACUAAGACAAAAAAGAUCUGCGGACUUUCAAGAAGGCAUUGACAAGUCUAGACUACCAAGAUGUUGCGGCAUUUGCGCACCCAGAGGUCGACGAUCUCUUGGACUUGGGUACUAAAGCCGCUAUGGGUGAGGAUGCUGCAAGAGAUCAUGAUGGUCAAACAGAAAUCGCCCAAGCACCAGAAAUUAAGCUUAAGGCAAGUCAGCUUCUUUUUACUACAGCUAUCUACUUGUAGCAAUCUCGUGGCGUUCACAACUAUGGAUGCUGAAUGGAAAAUGAGGAAGCCACGACCUCAAACUCUCUCAAGGGUUUUGGGGAAAGGAAAGCUACACCCGCAGAUAGUGAUUGACUGGCGUUAAACAAAACAGCGGCCCACGUAGUCCGUAUCCUUGGUAUGGAUGAUGUUUCUCCUUCCCUCGAGAUCAGACCAUCGCGGCCGUCCCCUUGAGGGGGACGACCUAAAGGCCUUGAGGGGAAAACGACCUAAAGGGUAUACGUUUUUACGGGAGAAAGGAUGGGCGUGAUGGUCUGGCUAGAAGGAAAAAACGCCUUUCAUACCUGGCGCGCGGUAGUAGCGAACGUUCCGCCACACUUACAUAAGGCGCAGGACGACACGCAGGCCUACAGUUAAGGCUCAUCCACAUUGAAUGUGCAGUUAAGUACUUAUAUGGAACUUCUAGUUCUUCAUCUAACUUCAAAGUAGUACGAAGCGAUGUUGACUUAGCAAUAUUCUCCUGCUUCGAGUACCUAUCCAAAGCGGGUCAGGGAUGUUGACAAAUGAGGGUUGUCAGGGACCAUUUUUAAAGAGUACUAGCACCAAAUUUAAAUUCUACGUGCGCUACGAGGCGGCUAGGCGAGGCGCCUGCGGCGGCGGGCAAGCAAGACUCAGGUAGGGACAAAUCGAAGGCUCCCGAACGCCUCCUCGACACUCCCAGACGCAGGUCUGGAGGUUGCCGUACGUUCGCGCGCCAACUCGCGGACACGACCUCGCCAUCACCGCGAGCUUGCAGUGGCUCACGCAUGUGGACGGGGCGUGUCGACGCGGGUCGUGCGCGAGUGAUGCUAACAACGUCUGGGUGUGGGGGCGCGGGGAAACUUUUUGCUUCCCGAGUGCCUCGCCAUCGCUGGCAGGCGCUCAGCUAAACGCACUAAGCAGGUGGAACCUUUUUUACCCGGCGUUGCCCCCCGGGGAGCGCGCACUGCGCGCACUCGUAUUUAUAAAUCUCAAUAAAGCAAGCUUUAAAUUUCACAUAAACUGUAGCUGUGGAACUAGUAAAAGUAAACUGUCAUGGAGGAUGCAUGACUCAACCGUAACUGUCUUAAGGGUAGGCUAAAGGUGUUCCGUUUACCGUUUGAUAGAUAUUAAAGAGUUUGCUGCAUCACAAAUUCGUAUUUUUUUGCAACAUGUGCCACGAUCUUCCCACCUGAAGGCCACAUCUUCUUGCUGGAAGAUUACGUGGACUCCUCUAUAAGUUAAAGUAAGUAUCAUGUAUAAGUAUGGGCUAGCUAUGCUUUGUGGUUCUUAAUUAUCUAGUUUCAGUCACAAUAUCUGAAUCUUUCUUUGUGCUCUUCACACGUCACUAAUCAUCGCCUUCUAAUUUUGUGGUUGGAAAAAGUGGUACGGGAUGGUACACAUGUUGGAUCUACCAUUAGACGAACGACCUGAAUUUGGCGCGAUGCUGGACGCUGAGGUUUUGAUCAAUAAUUUCGAGGACGCUUGUAGAGGAGGGUCCUCCAAGAAGGAGGUGGUGGACCACUUAGAAGAGCAGAAAGAGCAGAUGAAGGAGUCCUCCUCUAUUAGGAAAAAUUCGGACCGUUCUUGUAACUCAUUUUGAGAAGCAUCUUUUGUGCAUGAUACCACUUAUUGAGGGCGAAGGCAUGGGAAGGCAAAGGGGGAACGCCAUUCCCCUAUCGACGUUGUCAAUGAGGGGCGGACUCACUUGGGCUCUUUUUUAAGGGGGAAGCACGCAGCAGAUGACUUCCAAGAUGAAUAUCUGUAAAGUCUAACUCUAGUGCUACCCCGACGCAGUUUUCGUACUUGUUCGAGCGCGCAUUAGUUAAGAAAGGUAGCUUGGUAGUUAUUCUUAUUUUCACAUUCACUAUCUUCCAAUCUUGUUCUUGGGUGUUCGCCAACACCGAGUCUCCUCGUCCCUUGAGCAUCUUCGUUCUGAAAGGUGGAAGAAGAUGACCAACGGGAUGAAAGAAAGCCACUCAGCACUCACUCGACCUCCACAGGAGCAGCUAAAGCUUUAAACUAGAGUUAAGACUCUCACCAAUUCAGCUUCUCUGACUGCGCCAUCCUUAAAUUGUAGGGGGAUGCAUUCUUCAUUGCCGGGAGUGGAAUGCUUUCCCAUAGUACGUAUUUUUAUUUAAGGAUGCUUGCGCUCGAGAGUAGACGAAUUACUGGCGACAGGCCUAAUAGAGAAAGAAAGACAAAGACGCUUUCCAGCAGCUGCCGUGAGUGACGACAUUGAAAUAUACAAUAUAUCCAAAACGAAUUCGUGGACUGGCAGGUCCUACGAUCUCAGUUUGAUGCAUCGCUUAUGGCGCGUCCAAAAGCACUUCUACGCCCAACGAACUAGAGAUAACGGUUACCGUGACGACCCGCCUUGUAAGAGUAGCCUGAAGGAGCUCCACUUUCCUCACUCGAUAUAGUCGAUCUCUUUCUUUUAACAGCAGUACCGGAGAUCUUCUCCUGCAGCCUAAAGAAUCAAUGUCUGUCAUAGAAAUUCUGGAAAUCUAACUGUCUUUCUUAAGUAGACAGUUUAUGACUUUGGACGAUCCCUUUAAUGGUCAAACAAUGGAAAUCAAGAAGACCGUCGUAUGGAACAUCCUACUAUGCUCUCUAGCUACUUCAAAACAACUACAACAGCAAGUGCUCUUUUUCGUUCUGCGUGAUUGAAGACCAGGCUCCAUGCAUAUUGGCAUUCUACUUCAGAUCAGUAACGAAUGAGUCCACAUCUACAACCUGUGGAUUAGUAGAGUAGUCUUUCUCAAACCCUAGCCCUACAUACAUUCUAACUCACACCUUGACAAAGGCAGUAGACGCCGCCAAUGGAGCGAAUCGUAUCCGGUUGUGGCGGUAUUUACUCUCAAAAAGAAGCCUCCGAGAUCCCCAGGACCGUCUCUCCGCAUCAAAGUAUAGAUGGGAAAAUGCGAAGUUAUCCUUAGCGGAUGGAAAAGAUGAAGACAAACUUUUUAUUAAGGGCCUGAAGUUGACCUCAUCCUCACCUCCAUGAACAACAGCAUGCAUCUCUAAUAUGGAGAAGUUUUCAAGUAGGAAAGCCAUGAAUAAUAUGCGAGCUACUAGAUGGGGGUCAACUUUCAACCCAUAAUGUUACGUCACUCGUUUCUUUGCGCAAUAGCAGCAGUGGGAUGCAAGAAAUUGGACGACCGGAACCAGCUCAACUGUUGGUGGAUGACAAAAGUAGCUCUACUACCACUAAAAGUAAAACUAAAAACUGCACCACUUCCACUACUAGUAUGAUCAAGAGUAGCAGUAGUCCUCGUGCUUCAACUUCUUCUUCCUCCACAGUGGUUGUGCCACCUCUGAGCAAUAAUGAAAUGGCCGCAGCAGCCAAGCACUUGGACGCAAACGUGAUGCACAACGUGCUGUUUUCGUGGUGGACGGACUUACCUCUGGUAAACUUGACCCAUAUAGCACCAGCCUGGCUAACAGGCCUGGCGUUAGAGAAGGGAGUAUUGAAUUAAGAGGGGUACUCGUCAGUCACUUUUCUGCAGUGUGAAAAUACGAGCGUUCUUUUUUCCAUCUGUGAUACAAUGUAGGCAGCUGCCUCUUUUAUUCCCUGUGCAACUGUAUUAUAGCUUGAAGAGAAACUGUAUACCUAAAUCUUUCUCUAAUUGAAGCUGAGCAGUUUGGAGACAGCAGUGAGUGAAUAUGCGGUCGUGGAGGUAACGGGAGAAUCGUCGUCCUCUCCUUGCAAAGGAGAACAGAGUACGAGUAGGUUAUGGCUGUGAGCUUGCCAUGUCGUGAGCUUGUCACGCAUGUUAAUCUUGUCACAACUACAAGGAUCACGAUGUUGAUAAUGUUCUCUCUUAGGCUCGGAAGCACUUCUUUGCGAGUGAAAAUUUUGUCCGAGUACUUCUAACGUGACAACUGGGCAUCAUGGGCGCCAACGCACUUCAUAAGAUUAUUUCCUUUUACUCCUAGUCCAAGUCAUCUACUCGUGUAGUUUCUUGUAUGUGAAUCGUGGUGUAUAUAGAAGUUUUUCUAAAUUAGGACGAUUUCGCUGGUCUGGUGUCUCGCCGAUACGUAAGCGACAGCAUCCUACCCAUGAAUGGGCAUGACAGCGGAACGUGGAAGAAAGUGAAUAAGUAGGAGACGAAAAUCUUUUAUCACUAUCAUACUUUAACUUUAAGCUGUUAUCUACUUCAAAAAUCUGGUAAUGAUAAGAGAUGUUCCUGUCUUCAUAAUACGGUGGCUCUUGCGAAAGGAUUGUGCGACAGCAGCAAAAAUGCAGAUGAUAGUACAACACGACACAUAGAAGAUCAAGAUGUUGAGAAUGUUGCACUUCUGUGUGAGCACCUGCUAGGUGUGAGACCUGGAUCCAAAUCAGAGGACGCGGAUUCAACGGGCGGCAAGAUGAAUUAAGGCAGCCCUGGGUAUUUCAUUUCAACCGGCUUCUAUUUUCUCAGAUCAUUCCUCUUUAAAUAGGUUGAAUACCUACUUUACAAUUGACAGGGCUGAAGAAGAAGAUCCUUGUUUUGUACAGCUUCUAUAAAUUUCUCAGAUCAUUCCUCAAGAGACAACUGCUCAUCAAAAAAGUUGAGGAAUGAUCUGAGAAAAUAGAAGCCUAUGACUGUGAAAUUUGGUUCCAAGCCAUUGAGGCCAUACCCGACGCAUCUCCACGUGUCCGGCGCCAGGUUGCAAGCAGGGAGUCGACUCCUGACCAUCAGGGCUGUCCAGUCCUGACUUUUUCAGGCCCAUUUUGGGCUUGGAACCAAGUUUCACAGUCGUAGGCUUCUAUUUUCUCAGAUGAUCACUCCGCAAUUCAUCUUUGAAGAAAUAUUUUUUCAAUGAGAUAAGACUUAAAAGAAUUAUUUAUCAUAUUUCAAAAUGACCUAAACCUAAAGGUAAAGAAGCGAGAAUGAACGUGAAUCAACAUCGUGAGCAGCUCUAAAAGGAAGUGUCUACAUCGUCAUCGUCAACAACUGCGGCACCGUUUUCUUACCGAGCUCUCGCGAGGCACUUAGAACACGUGAAUUUUGAGAUAAUGGCUUUUAUGAGCACUCAUGCACGAUGAUAGCUAGUAUUUAUUUUUCCUACUUCUGGUAACUAAGUUAGUUGUAGUAUUGACACAACUAGUGGUAAAUUAGAAGUUUUAGUAGCUUUCAUUUUCAAGGAUUGCUGUUUCAGGCGCAGAGAUUCUGUGUAUUGAAACACUCGACAAUAUCUACAUCUUCGUCUACUUAUUCAACUGGUAUACCUCUAGACUGGGUACACGACUACUACUACAACUACUACUCACUGCUUCAUAAAAAGAGCUUCUCUUUCUAUUUCGCUUCCUCUAACGACAACCACUACUUCGCCGUCAUGGUGUUUGGGUACCGAAUGCGCGAUGUAACUAACAUGACUGGAAAAGCACGCUGGGGGAGCUAUCUUGAACAUCCACAGUUAGGCAAUGUAGAAGUAGUUGUCAACAUGUUCCACAUUUAACCGUCUAUGCAGCUUGUCGAGCAAAUGUUUGUUUGUCUUCUAUUCUGAUAAAAAUAAGAUAGCAUAGAAGUACUAGUAGCAGUUGUACUAUUGUUCCUUUACUGGCAGUACGUGUACGAUCUGCUGCAGGUAGAGGAUAAUAAGAAGAAGAACCCUCUCCAUUUGUUACUAUUUUUUUUUGAAUAGAACAAAGAUACUUUUUCUAUGUGCAGUAGUUAGAGGAAUUUUUCCUCUUCCUCUAACACGUCUCCUGAAAGGACCUUCUGCGUUUAAGAACGACGUGAUAAACGAGAAAGGUAGGCGAAUUGGCGUCAACGAUGUGAUGCCGCGGCGGAAGAGGAUAAACUUAAGGCUACCGCUGGAGCAUGUCCUCAGCAACAUGCAAGUAUGAUCCUUGGUUCUCUUUUUUAUUUUCUCUACCCUGCGGAGGCAACCUGAUUGACUCCUGAUUGACUGACCGCUAGGUGACUCGCCUCUGGUCUAUUACUAUGGACGAUCUUUUGGGGGCUAGGUCAGCGGGAGCACAGGCGUGCUCGCACAGUCCAGAAGUUCCUCCGUUCUUAUCCAGCGCCGCCGCCCGUUAGACGGCCGCACACGGUUGAUCGAUUGACUGACUGACUGAGUGACUGCCUGACUUUCUCCAUUUGGAAAGGGAGCCAAGGACACUCUCAGUGAUGCACCCGCGGUAGCUCUAAUAAACUGCGACUCAGGAUCUGCAGAAGCUCCGGACUUCAACGUCAAUGGCACAUGCGUUUAUGUUCGUUGGUCAACUAGAACUACUAUCAAUAUAGAAGUGCUAAGCCUAAGUGCUAGUGUCCAUCUUAUUUCUCUUUCUCAGCAUCUCGAUAGAAGUACCCUCUUGCUGUAAAAAUUGAUACAAAGAGGAGAGCCAGCAGGGGGGGGGUGCGAGAUGCUGCAGGGUGGACCUAAGAAAUCUUCUGAAAUCAGAUUGAACCUGAAGUCACGUCGUGCGCAGAGUCUAAUGGGUACUCUUUGACGGAGAGCUGGUUUCAAUCAAAGAGGGCAGUCCGCUGUGGAAAUUGGAACCUUUGUUAUGGGGGGGUCGCGAUCUUCUUGGUAAUGGUCCUCUUGAAACACCCUUGGCCUUGGUAACAGUCUUGCUAGCGGUGGUCUUUACCUCCGUGCUUGGUGAUGUGCCAUUGCUGAUUCACCAACAUUGCUGAUUCACCAUGACUGAUUUACCAUUGCUGGCUUACCAGUGGUCGUGCUCUUUGCUUUUUUACUUCUCCCUGGGAGCCUCUAGUGAAAUUCAACGACGAAGAUUCUACUGUUAGACUGUCGAAGUAGAAGUUGAAGUUACAUUGUAUUGCUCAGGAGAUUGAUUAAGGUGGUAAACGAUGACGACCCCAAGAUGAGGACCCUCGUCGGCCACGUAGGAUGAGACGAGGCAUAUAAUCUGGAUUCCCGGUAUCCAAGAAGACCAAGACAGCCAGAAUUUUCUAAUAUUUUGGGUAAGCGAUGAGGCGCAACGGAAUGCAGAGAGUGGGAAGAUGCCUGCCUUCAGUAAGGAUAAGAGGAAAGCGCCGCUCUUCAUCUUUCAUGCGGAUCAUGAGAUGAUUAUGGCCUAUCGUGGAUGAGUACUCGGUUUCUAAGCAGAUUUGGCCAAUACAUAGCUCCGAGAGAAGUGCUCGACCUCGUCUUUAAGUAGAAUUACUUCCUCCUAUGAUACAUUUACUACCUUUUGUUUUUUUUCCUAGCUACUCCUCCUCGCUCCUCCUCCUUUCCUUAGUUACUUCCAAUAUGACAGGGUUACUAGAAGUGUUUUGCCUCACUUUAAUAUUUUUCCUAGCUAGCUUUCCCUAGGUCGUACCUACCACGCGAUUUUGGUGGCAGCUCCUUAGGUAGCCAAACUCAUGAGCUAGCAGUGUUCUCUCUCUACUGCUGUUAAUCGGAAGUUUAGCUUUAGGAAUCAAUACUAGAUGAGAACGUCAUCUACCACGAAUUCAAUUUUCGAAGACUUCAGAUGACUCGUCUCUGUUCACAAGAGGAGUACCAUUGUUCCCCAAUCAUAGUGCAAAAAGCGAAAAAUGCAAAUGCUUCCACCUAAAGAUGAGACUGGGAGUGUCCGUCUCAAGAGUGCUCUUCUCAAAGAAGGAGUGCGCUAUAUUUUAAAGAGUGACCAUCUGAAGAAAAGUAACCUACUAGUCCUAGAAAUUGGUGUUUCGUCAUAUUUCAGUCCCUCUUCCUCUACUUCAAAUGAGUAAGAAGUAGUAUCUACUUUGUAUAUUACAACUAACUUACUAAGUAGAGUGACUUUCUCUAAGAGGAAUCGUUGGGGCGAUGCGGGUAACCAGCAGUGGGAGAAGUUCUUUGCGGAGAACAAGAACUGAGAAUUAAACUAGAUUUACUUACAGUUGUAUAUUUCUGUAUUUAGUAUACCUAUAGCUAUACUUCUGUUGAAGGUGAUGAUCGAACAGAGCAGGAUAGUCAAAAUCAAUGUCAGUGCGUGCUUUGAGUAAAAAGAGCAGAUAUGAAGUGUUCGGACACGGAAGUCCACAACAAGUCACGACUCCGUAAGGCAUAUAUUCGGAGGACACAGUGCACCUGCUCCACAAUAAGUUGCGACUCCGUAAGUCUAAGUUGAGUAACAUCAACGUCAACAUGAUUGAAAUAAUACAACUUUGUCACGAGGUGGACUCCGAGGACUGUCAGUCUCACUCACGAUGGCACCGGAUAAGGAUAUCAGCAACAUAGGUAAUCAUGUCACGACUGGUGCCAUCAGUCAGAAGCAGAAAAAACAGUGUCACUCCAGAAGAUAAACAAUCAGAUACGAUAAAGUAUAAGUAUUUGUUGCCAUCGGAUGACAUGACUCAGAAGGC